AUGGACAAAAAUACAGACCUACUCCAUUUCUUUUCUUCUCAGGGAAAAUCCUUCAUUAAAGACGCUCUGAAGUGUAAGGCUCAUGCCUUGAGGCAUAAAUUCAGCUGCAUCAGCCGUAAGUGCCCUGCCAUUAAAGAGAUGGUGUUCCAGUUACAGCGGGAGUGCUACCUGAAGCAUGACCUCUGCUCCGCUGCCAAGGAGAACGUCCAGGUCAUUGUGGAGAUGAUUCACUUCAAAGACCUGCUGCAGCAUGAGCCAUAUGUUGACCUAGUGAAUAUCCUGCUCACGUGUGGCGAGGAGGUGAAAAAGGCAAUAACAAGAAGCGUCCAGGCCCAGUGUGAACAGAGCUGGGGAAGUCUCUGCUCCAUCCUGAGCUUCUGCACCUCAUCUGUGCAUGGUGAUGCCAUCCUGGGUGCCGAGAAGAAGCCAGGUGAAGCCAGCAAAGCUGCUGCUGGCCGUGGGGACGUGCUGGCCCACUCCAACUCUGACCACAGGGAGAGCUCACGAGCAUCUAAGGGAGAGAGAGGUACCAAGGGCCACUUGAAUGCCCAUGCCCGGGUGAAAGCUGGGGGCCAUGGUCCCAAAGGGGCACAUGGGAUCAUGGACCGGGCAGAUGAACUGUCCGACUUCUCUGACAUCCGGAGGUGAAAAAAGGCACCAACUCCCUUCCCCCUCCACUGGAAACCUCCUCCCUUAAGUCCCAUCUUCCUAUCUAUGGACAUUCCAAAGCAUUUCCCAUUCAGAGGUCAAGCACAGGGCAUUGCACGAUAUAUAUGGACCUCAGCAACAGUG